UCGGGGUAGUGCGACUCAUAUUCCCAAUGUAUGCAUGCUGACUUGUUAAUAUAGUAAGCUUUGUUGUAAAGGAUGUUUGUAUUUUUGUUGUGAUGGUGUUCUUUUAUACAUUUAAGAAAAAUAUAUUUUGUUUUCCACCAUGCCCAGCCAGUGUAAGGAUGGAUUUCUCUUAGAGUACAUCUGAGUUAAAGGUUUCAAUCAAUCCGAAGCAAGAAGUAUGGCCGACAAUAUCCCUGGAGGAAUAGUAGCAGCCGCAAAGAACCGUCUGCAGGUGGUUAGAGGCUUGGAGGAUGUACAAGUGUCGGAAUGUGAAAGCUGCACCUUUGAGGUGACCCUCAACUUGUCAUACAUCGAGGGAGUGUGGACCAGGGAUGGGAUGCGGCUCAAGUCCAAGCCCAACUGCCGCAUCAGCACACACGGGAAAACGCAUUCCCUCGUUUUAAACAGAGUGGCGUUGGCAGAUGUGGGCUUGAUCUCUUUCCAGGCAAAUGGCAUUCAGACCUCUGGGAGACUCACAGUUAGAGCUAGGGACAUCUAUAUUGUCCAGGAACUUCAGGAUGUUGAUACUAUGGAGCGCCAAUCAGUCAGUUUCAUGUGUGAAGUAAACCAAGUGGAUGUGGAUGGUCGGUGGUACAGAGAUGACUGUAGAAUCAGACCUGGAGACAACAUCAAGAUCAGACAUCAGGGUAAAACCCACACCCUGUCUUUUAAGUCAGCCAGACCAGAACACGCUGGAGAGAUCCGAUUCACUGCGGAACGUGUUUCGUCUUAUGCAACUCUUACAGUAAAAGAGCUGCCAGUCCAAAUAGUACGUCCCUUGAGAGUCAAGAUAGCCAUGUAUCACCACAGAGGCCUGCUGGAGUGCCAAGUUUCUCGAGCUAACGCUCAAGUCAAAUGGUACAAGAACAAAAAGGAGCUUGUGUCCAGCAAAAAGUACCAACUGGUCAGCCAAGACAUUUACAGACAGCUUACCAUUGACGACGUCUGCUCGUCAGAUGAAGACACCUACACUUGUGACGCAGGAGAUGACAAAACCAGUUGUCAGCUUCUAGUUGAGGAGCAGGCUAUGAGCAUCGUUCGGGGCAUGAGCUCAGUGGAAGUGACAGAACCUGAGUCAGCGCUUUUUCAAGUGGAAACCAGCUUGAAGUCAGGAAGGCCGCCCAGAUGGACCUUGAAUGGGAAUGUGUUGGAGCCUAGCGAAAACGUGGAUAUCUAUAGAGAGGGUACCAUCCACAGCCUCUGUCUCAUUUCCACAGACAGCUCCAUGUCGGGGCCUGUGGUUUUUGUCGCUGGCAAGAGCCGUUCUUCUGCGGAACUUACGGUAAAAGAGCGGCCCCUUCAAGUUGUCCGCAAUUUGGAAGAUGUGGACGCCAAGGAGAACAGCUCUGUGACUCUGAGCUGUGAGUUUGCCCCCUCCCCCAGAGUGGUGAGGUGGUUUAAAGGUCGUACAGCUCUGAAGACUUCAAACAAGUACAGCAUGAGGAGAGAUAGGAAACGUGCAGAGCUGACAAUCCAUGGCUUGGUAGGGAUGGAUGCAGGGCAGUAUAGCUGCACGGCGGGGGGUACACAGAGCGAGGCACAUGUUAAGGUCGAAGUGCGAAAACUAAAGCUGGUCAAACACCUUGAACCAGUGGAACUUGAAGAAGAUGGUGUUGCCAGCUUCGCUUGUGAGCUCAACUAUGUGGUUGCCAACGUAGAGUGGCUCCUCAACAAUGUCCGCCUCUAUUCCAGUGCCAUAAACAGGAUCCAACACAUGGGUACCAUGCACAGCCUCUUCAUUAAGAAGCUGAGACCCCAGAACAGCAGAAUCACCUUUAAAACUGGUCUUCUUUCCGAGACAACAACUUUAAAAGUUAAAGAGCGACCUGCAGUCUUCCUAAGACCUCUGGAAGAUGCAGUUGGGGAAGAACAAGGGGAAGUCUGCCUCCAGUGUGAAAUUUCCAAAGAAUCUGUGAUCCCAGUCUGGAGAAAGAAUGGCAUUGUUCUGACGCCUGAUGAUAAACAUGAGUUGUGCCAGUAUGGGAGGUCCAUGGCACUGAUUGUUCACUGUUUGAGUAAAGAUGAUGCUGGACAGUACACCUGUGACCUCGGCACCAGCCAGACCAAGGCUAAAGUUACUGUUCAUGAUUUACACAUCACUAUCAUCCAGCGUUUGAAGACAACCUCCAUAUUGGAGGGUGAAAGCUGCACUUUUGCAUGUCAACUCUCUCACAUUCUUAGUGAUGAGCCUUUCUGGACCAUCAACAGUCAAGUGGUUGUCUCUAAUGGCCACUUCCAGAUCAUCAACAAUGGUCGCAAGUACAAGUUGAGAAUUAAAGAUGCAGUUUUGUCCGACGCUGGAGAAGUGAUCUUUGCGAUUAAUGACUUAAGCUGCAGGACCAUGCUUUUUGUCCAAGAGCGCCCAGUGCACAUUUUUAGGGAUCUGCUGAAUGUCAAGACUGUGCCAGGUGAAGAUGCAGAGCUGAGUUGUGAGAUCACCAAACCCGAGGUCUGCAUCCACUGGCUGAAAAAUGGCCAUCAAAUCAGGCAGAGUCACAAAUACAAGAUGAGUGUGGAAAAGAACCUGGCAAAGCUGAUAGUCAAGAACACCACAAUCAGAGAUUCAGGAGAGUACUGUUGUCAGGCUGAUGGGGUUGCCUCCCGUGCCAAGCUAGAGGUCCGAGAAUUGCAGCACUCAUUUGCACGAGAGUUAAAGGACAGCCAAGCCGAGGAAAAAGCUAAAGUGACUCUGGAGUGUGAGACCAGACAGCCAGCCAAGCGAGUAACCUGGUUGAAGGGCAUGAUGGAGCUGAGAUCUAGUAGGAAGUAUGUCAUGAGGCAGAAGGGUGUGGUGCUGUCACUCACCAUCACUUUUCUGGAGAAGUCGGACACAGAUAUCUACACAUGUGAUGUUGGAACCAUGCAGAGUCGUGCACAGCUGACUGUGCAGGGCCAGAGGGUGGUGAUCCUGGAAGAACUUGAGGACAUUGAGUGCCUUGAAGGGAACACGGUUACAUUCAAGUGUCAAAUCUGUCCCAGUGACUACACGGGGGUGAAGUGGUACCUGGACGAGACUCUCCUCUACAAUAAUCAGCUUAAUGAAAUUCAAAUGCUAGCGGGAGGAUACCACACGCUGACAUUUAGACAGCUAGCUCGUAAAGACACCGGUACCAUUUCGUUUUCAGCCGGUGAUAAACGAUCAUAUGCGUCACUGUUGGUCAGAGAGAGACGUCCAACCAUUUGUAAAGCGCUUGAGGACUGUGAGGCGAUUGAAGGAGGGGGCCUAGUUUUAUCCUGUGUGACCUCAAAGCCUUGUCACAUCCUGUGGUACAAAGAUUGUUGCUUGAUGUGGAACUCGUCAAGGUAUUACGCAACUCGUUCAGGAUGUGAGGCUCGGCUGGCAAUUCGGGAGGUCUGCCAAGGUGAUGCUGGGGUGUAUGAGUGCAGCGCUGGAUCAGUUUCGACGAGGGCUGUUGUAACCGUCAAAGCUAUCCCAGCUGAGUUCACAAAGCCUCUUCAGAACGUAGAGUCCAGAGAGGGUGAGACUGCGACCUUGACUUGUGAGUACUCUCUGCCGGGAGUCCAGUUCCAGUGGAGAAAAGGCAUUGAGAGCCUCAGGCCUGGAGACAAGUAUAUGAUGAAACAGAAACAGACCGUCAUUUCACUCAUAAUCCGAUCUCUGAAGCCAGAGGACUCUGGGGAAUAUACUUGUCAGUGCAGAGGCCACCACACAACAGCAAGGCUCAAAGUCCAAGACAUUCCGAUUACAUUCAUCCAGCAUCUGAAGAACAUACAUACCGAAGAAGGGAACAAUGUCAUAUUGCGAUGUGAACUAUCCAAAUCUGGAAUACCGAUAGAAUGGAUGAGAAGCCAAGAAGUGCUAAAGAACGGGGUGAAGUACCAGAUGAGAAGAUGGGAGACAACACUAGAACUUUUGAUCUGGAAAGCUGUUCCUGAAGACAGUGGGUUUUACAAGUGUGUGUGUGCUGAUCAGGUGACAUCCACCACUGUCAAAAUCAAAGCUCUCCCGCUGACCUUCAAGCAGAAACUGCGCAAUGUAACCUUUGAGGAGGGAAACACAGCAAUUUUACGCUGUGAGAUUUCCAAAGCAUCUGCCUUUGUGGAGUGGCAAAAGGGGGGGUGUGAGCUCAUCAAGAAUGGCAACAAAUAUCACAUUCGCCAAAGGGACACGCUGAUUGAACUGAGGAUCCUGGAUGUGACGCCGGAAGAUAGCGAUAUCUACACGUGCAUUUGCGGGAACGUGGAGACCACAGCGACCCUCACUGUGAACGCGCUCCCGAUCACCUUCAAGCAGAAGCUGAAGAACCUUCAAGUGGAAGAAGGUCAUAACAUCAAGCUUUCUUGUGAGAUCUCAAAGCCUGGCGUCGCAGUGGAGUGGAGGCUGGCUGGUGAGCUUCUAGAAGAUGGAGAGAAAUUCCAGAUGAAGCAGAGAGGCUCCGUGCUAGAGCUGACCAUCAGCGAUGCCCUGCCGGAGGACAGUGGCGUCUAUGCUUGUGUCUGCAGAGACCAGAAGACCAAGGCCACAGUUAAAGUCAUUGCUGUUCCCGCCACGUUUAAAGGAAGUCUGAAAAACCAGGAGGCAGAGGAGGGCAAUAGCGUGACGCUCCGCUGCAAAGUGUCUAAAACAGAUGCCCUGGUAGAGUGGCAGAAAGACGGGAAGGUUCUGUCUGAGGAGAUGUCGGGACAAAAGUAUCACUUGAAACUUGAAAGGAAAACAGCUGAGUUGACAAUUGUGAAUGUUCAAGAAGAAGAUGCCGGGAGGUACAGCUGUAUUACCGGAGAUGAGAAAACCACGGCAGAGCUAAAAGUGAAACCACUUCCUGUCACAUUCAAACAUGAGCUCAAGAAUUUGGAGGUAAAGGAAGGUGACAGUGGGCUUUUCUGCUGCGAGCUCUCCAAACCUGGAGCUCCGGUGGAGUGGCGGAGAGGUCGUAUGCUUCUGAGCAGUGGAAGCAAGUAUGAGAUGAAGCAGGAAGGACCUUACACAAAGAUGAUUGUCAACAACGUGCAAGAUGGAGACGCUGGCAAAUACAUUUGCAAAACCAAGGAUAGUCAAUCAACAGCUGUGCUGUCAGUCUUGGGUUUACCACCACGUUUCACGCUCAUGCUCGCCAACCAGGAGGUGAUUGAAGGCAACAGUGUGUUUCUUCGCUGUGAGCUGAACAAACCUUCCCAGUCAGUGGAGUGGAGGAGAGGAGGGCUGGUGUUGAGGCAAGGAAACAAGUAUCAGAUGAGGAAGAAAGAUUUGCAGCUGGAGAUGACUAUCAAUGAAGCCACACUCGAGGACACUGGUGAUUACGCCUGUAUUUGUGGCGAAGAAACUACGACAGCUUUUCUUUCAGUUAAUGAACGACCUGUCAAAUUCCUUCGUGAACUGAGUAAUAUUGAAGUGCAAGAGGGCAACGGGGUAACACUUAGCUGCCAGCUCUCCAAAGCAGGGCUCACUGCUCAGUGGAUGAAAGGAGACAAUGAGAUAAUCAACGAUGAACGGUAUCAACUCAAGCAGAGAGGCUCUACACUGGAGCUGGUCAUCAGAAAGAGUCAGCCUGAAGAUAGUGGCGUUUACAGCUGCAUUUGCGAAGAUAUUAAAAGUACUGCCACGAUUAUAAUCACGGCAAUUCCAGUGACAUUCAAGCAAAAGUUGAAAAACCAAGAAACAGUGGAGGAGAGCAGUGUGAUACUCCACUGCGAGCUCUCCAAACAAGGAGUCCCAGUUGAGUGGAGAAAGGAUGCUCACCUCCUGAAGGAGGGAGACAAAUAUCAGAUGAAGCAAGAGGGCAGGGUGUGUGAGAUGCUGAUCACGGAUCUAACGCUUAAAGAUACUGGUGAAUAUAGCUGCUCCGUUGGAACAGCUGUGACUUCGGCUGAUAUCAAAGUAAGAGUUCUUCCUAUUACAUUUAAGCAAGAAGUUCAGAAUAUGGAGCUUAAAGAAGGUGACAGUGGAGUGUUUUGUUGUGAACUGUCCAAACCUGGAGCUCCAGUGGACUGGAGGAAAGGAAGAGUGAUCUUGAAGCCCGGUUACAAAUAUGAAAUGAAACAGGAAGGGAGUCUCACCAAACUGUUUGUCAACAAUGUAGAAGAGAGUGAUGCUGGGAAGUACACUUGCAAGACGAAGGACAGCCAAUCCACUGCUGACCUCAUUGUGAAAGCACCUCCCAUCACAUUCAAAACCAAGUUAAAGAACCUGCAAGUGGAGGAGGAAAACUGCAUGACGUUGACAUGUGAAUUAUCCAAACCUGGUCUUCCUGUUGAGUGGAGGAAAGGCCAGGAGCUGCUGAAAAAUAAUUUCAAGUAUCAGAUAAAAAAUCGAAACGGCAUGAUGGAGCUGACCAUCAAAAACACUCAACUGGAGGACAGUGGAGUCUACAGCUGUAGCUAUGGCGAUACCAAGACCGUAGCCAACAUCACUGUCACCCCUAUUCCCCUCAAGUUUAAGAUGGGUUUAAAGAACCAGGAGGCCGCUGAGGGAGGCAACGUGACCCUACGAUGUGAACUGUCCAGGACGGGGGUAUCUGUCCAGUGGUGGAAGGGAGAGGACCAUCUCUCUCCAGGUGGGAGGUAUCAGAUGAUCCUCAAGGAGACCAUAGCUGAGAUGAGCAUCAGAAACGUCCAGCCGGAUGACGUUGGGGAGUACAGUUGUGUCUUUGGCGAGCAGAAGACGACGGCGGAAGUGAACGUUAGAGCGGCAGCAUCAGUGUUCUUUGAGAAGGAACUGGAGAGCCAAGCGGUGAUGGAGGGCAAAUCGGUGCUGCUGACAUGUGAAGUUUCCAGUGCGAAUGUCCCUGUCACUUGGAAGAAGGACAACAUUGCCAUUAAAGAAGGAGGACGAGUAAUUAUUACAAAAACAGGACCUACGCAUAUGUUGGAGAUCAAGCAGCUGAACCUGGAAGAUGCUGGCGAAUACUGUUGCAUCACCAGGGGCAAGAAGACCACCGCUAAGUUGGUUGUGAGGGAGCGAGUUCGAAUAGUUAGAGAACUUAAAGACAUCACCGUGACUGCUGGGGAGGAUGCCAUGUUUGUGUGCGAGCUUAGCCACGCCAAUGUGACUGAGGGUGUGUGGUGGCUGGGCUCCAGUCCAUUGCAGAGGAACGAAAUGAACCAGAUGACAUACCAAGGUCGCACACACCGACUUGUCCUCACCAUGACAACACCUGAGGAGACGGGCAUUGUGGCAUUUGUGGUCGGGGAGGAAAGGACAUCAGCAAGUCUUCUCGUGGUGCCAAAACCCAAAGUUUUGUUUGAGGAGAAGCCUCAAGAUGUUCAAAUCUUGGAAGGAGAAAUUGCUACUUUGUCCUGCACAACUUCUGACUUCACCACCCCUGUUACCUGGAGGCGCAACCACAUCCCUCUUCGAGACAGCGAUAAAUUUGAGAUACGAAGGGAGGGAAAAGUCAAUUUACUGCUCAUCCAUGCAGUGGAACCAAUGGAUGCUGGAGUUUACUCUUGUGAUACAGGCGACGCACAAGCCAGUGCCAAGCUUACUGUGAGAGAGCUCCCACCAUUCUUCCAGGAAGAGUUGCAAAAUGUUGAGACUGAGGAGGGAAGCUCAGCCGUGCUUUACUGUGAGCUCUCCAAAUUGGGGCUGCCGGUACAAUGGAAGAAGAACAGGUUGCCACUUAGGGCAGGCAGGAAGUACGAGAUGAAGCAAGAUGGCUGCUUUCUCCAGCUUCAUAUCAAGGAGCUUAAACUUGAGGAUAGUGGAAGCUACACGUGUCAAGCAGGAAAUGUAGAAACUACUGCAACUGUUACAGUCAAAGAGCUACCGCCAUUCUUCAAGAAAGAUUUGAGAAAUGUGCGGAUGGAUGAGGGAGGUUCAGUUACCUUGAGCUGUGAGCUGUCUAAACCUAGUGCGCCAGUGCAGUGGAAGAAGAACCUGCUGCCUCUGAGGGCUAACAGGAAUUAUGAGAUGAAGCAAGAUGGCGGUCUUCUCCAGCUUAGCAUUGUGGACCUUAAACCUGAAGACAGUGGCAGCUACUCAUGUCACGUAGGAAGUGUAGAAUCAUCUGCAACUUUAACAGUAAAAGAACUUCCGCCAUUUUUCAAAGUAAAUUUACAGAAUGUAAAGGGUGAGGAGGGAGGUAUUGUCUCCCUGCGCUGUCAGGUAUCGAAGCCAGACACUGUAAUACAAUGGAAGAAGAAUAAGUUGCCAUUAAGAGCCAGCAACAAGUAUGAGAUGAAGCAGGAAGGUUGCCUCAUCCAGCUUGACAUCAAGGAGGUCAAACCUGAAGACAGUGGAAGUUACACGUGUCAAGCAGGAAGUACAGAGACCACUGCAACCGUGUCAGUAAAAGAACUGCCUCCAUUUUUUGUUACAAAGUUACAAAAUAUUGAGGUGGAGGAGGAAGGUUCAAUCGUACUGUCCUGUGAGUUGUCCAAACCUGGAGCGUCGGUGCAAUGGACGAAAAACAGGCUGCCUCUCAGGGCCAACAGGAAGUAUGAAAUGAAACAAGAUGGCUGCCUCGUUCAGCUCAAAAUCAGUGACCUCAAACCUGAAGAUGGUGGGACCUACAUAUGUGAAACAGGAAACGCAGAGACCAUUGCAACAGUUUCUGUAAAAGAAAUCCCAGUUGCAUUCAAAGCUGACUUGCAAAGUACGGAGGCAGAGGAAGAAGAUACAGCAGUCCUGUCCUGUGAGCUGUCUAAACCUGGAGUGGCAGUGCAAUGGAAAAAGAACAAGUUACCUCUGAGGGCAAAUAGGAAGUAUGUGAUCAAACAAGAUGGCUGCCUUCAUCAGCUUAACAUUAUGGACCUUAAAUCUGAAGAUAGUGGAACCUACACAUGUCAAGCAGGAAGUACAGAGAGUUCUGCAAGAGUGACUGUGAAGGAGUUCCCAUUAUUCUUCAAAGAAGAACUAGUAAGUGUGGAGACAGAGGAGGGCGGCUCACUGUCUAUACGCUGUGAACUGUCCAAACCUGGAGUGCCAGUGCAAUGGAAGAAGAACCGGCUGCCUCUGAAGGCCAACAGGAAGUUUGAGAUGAAACAAGAUGGUAGCCUCCUGCAGCUCAACAUCAGUGACCUCAAGCCUGAGGAUGGUGGUAGCUAUAUAUGCCAAGCUGGCAGUGCAGAGACUAUUGCAACAGUGUCUGUAAGAGAGCGCCCGGUUUCAUUCAAAGUUUACUUGCAAAGUAUGGAGCUAGAGGAAGGAUUAACAGCUGUCCUGUCCUGUGAGCUGUCCAAACCUGGAGUGGUAGUGCAAUGGAAAAACGACAAACAACCUCUGAGGGACAACAGGAAGUAUGAGAUGAAACAAAAUGGUUGUCUUAUCCAACUCACCAUCAAGGACCUCAAACCUGAAGACAGCGGAAGCUAUACAUGUCAUGCAGGAAGUGCAGAGACUUCUGCAACUAUAGCUGUCAAAGAACUCCCAUUAGUCUUCAAAGAAAAAUUAGAAAAUGUGGAGGCAGAAGAGGGAGGUUCAAUCUCUCUAUGUUGUGAGCUGUCUAAACCUGGAAUGCCAGUGCAAUGGAAGAAGAACAAAGUUCCUCUGAGGGCCAACAGAACGAAUGAGAUGAAACAAGAUGGCUGCCUCCUCCAACUCAACAUCAAGGACCUCAAAAUUGAGGACAGUGGUAGUUAUUCGUGUCAUGCCGGAAGUGCAGAGACUGCGGCAACAUUGUCAGUGAAGGAGCUGCCACCGUUGUUUGUGACAGACCUACAAAGUAUAGAGGUGGACGAGGGCAUCUCAAUCUCUCUGAAAUGCGAGCUGUCCAAACCUGGAUUGCCAGCGCAAUGGAAGAAGAACAGGCUACCUCUUAGGGCCAACAAGAAGUAUGAGAUGACGCAAGAUGGCUGCCUUCUCCAGCUCAACAUCAAGGAGGUCAAACCUGAGGACAGUGGUAGCUACACAUGUCAAGCAGGUGGUGCAGAAACCACAUCAACUGUUUUUGUCAAAGAAUUACCUUGCUUUUUCAAGAAAGAAUUACAAAACACAGAAACAAAAGAGGGAGCUACAGUCGUUUUAUGCUGCGAACUGUCCACACUUGGAGUGUCAGUACAAUGGAAAAAAAACAGAAUGCCAAUAAGAGCAAACAAGAAGUAUUCAAUGAACCAAGAUGGCAGUUUGCUGGAACUUCAUAUCAAGGAGCUAACUUCAGAAGACAGUGGAAUUUAUUCAUGUCAAGCAAGAAGUACAGAGACCUCUGCAAUGGUGUCUGUAAAAGCAUCUGAGACCAUUUUGCCAGAUGAGGAACCUCCCAUGAUACUUCCGCAAACAAGGAGUACCACUUCCACACCUGAGAAAGUGAAUCUUCCCGAUGUUCACCCAAUCCCUCCAGAACCCAAGAAAAGGACAUUGCGCAAAGCAUCAAUCACCACUUUAGAAUCUGAUUCAGAGCCAGUGUUUAACAUAAAACAGUCUUUGCAAAUAGAAACUAAAGACCAGAAGGAGAUCCAGACUGAAAUACCUGUCAAGACAGUCUUUGAAAAUGCUCAGGGCUCAUCCAAACCUGAGAGUGUGAAUCUUCCCAUAGUUCACCCAAUCCCUCCAGAACCCAAGAAAAGGCGCAAAGCAUCAAUUACUGCUUUAGACCAGGAUACAGAGCCCAUGUUUAACAUAAAACAGCCCACUCAGUCUUUGCAAAUAGAAACUAAAGACCAGAAGGGGAUCCAGACUGGAAAAUCUAUAGACACAGACUUUGAAAAUGCUCAGGAUUCAUCCAGACCUGAGAAUCUGAAUCCUCCCGUUGCUCACCCAAUCCCUCCAGAACCCAAGACAAGGACACUGCGCAAAGCAUCUAUCACUGCUUUAGAAGGGGAUGUGGAGCUGAUAUUGAACAUAAAAAAGCCCAUUCAGUCUUUGCAAAUAGAAACUAAAGACCAGAAGGGGAUCAAAACUGAAAAAUCCAUCAAGACAGAUUUUGGUUUAGCUCAGGAUUCAAACCAACAGGAGGAUAAAACGGAGGUUUACAAAGGACCAGCAAUGUUAGUUGAGAAGGAGCUUCUGAUUGAAAAUGUUGAGACAGAGAGGAUGCAACCAGCAAAGCAACAAAUUAGGCCAGAAGUGAGUCAGCCAGGCAUGAUUCCUGAAGACAAGCAAAAAGGAAAACCUUGCAAGAAAGUCGGAGAAGUUGAAAAACUAGAUGACCACUCAGAGACAACAUUGUGGAAGAGACUUGAGGAGGAGAAAAAGGAUGUAAAACCAACCGUAACAUCCAUUGGAAGCAAAAUAUUACAAGAAGCAACGUCUACUAUUAAGGAUAGUGAAGUGGGGAAGGCAGAAGAGGGUUUGAAACCCCCUGUGAGGUCAAAAGUAAAAGCAGCAGGAGAAAGGGACCCAACGGAAUAUGUCAGAAAAGAAUCUGAAGAGCUCAUUCUACAGUCAUCAAAUGCUACAGUCAAUGAUUCUAGCAAAGGAAAUGCAGAGAAAAUUCCCAUAAAACAAAUCAAGACCACAGAGAGAGUAGAGGAGCAAGUGCCAUCAAUAAAUCAGCUGGAGAGUCAAUCUGUAAAAAGAAAAGAGCCGCCUCAAGAUACAAAGACUGAAAUAAUUCCCCCAAGGCCACCUGUUAGGUCAAAAAGUAAAACAAGGACACCGAUGGAAAAGCAAACGUCAAGAGACACUGAGACAGAUCAAGAUGAACAACCGGUGACAACAUCCAGAGAACAACGGCUAAAAGAGAGAGCAGCGUCUUUGAAAGAUGAAGAAUCAAGACUUGAGAUGAAACAAUCAGUACUUGCAGAUGCUGAUCUGGUAGAGACGUCAGUUGUCCCCAAACAGCUGAUUAAACAUCCAGUAAGACCGAUGAGAAAAGAACCUGAAACGGACAAAGAAAUAGCUGCCGGAUCUUUGGAAAGGAAGGACGAACAACAAGAAGUGCGAAUGACAGAAGAAAUUCCUCUCCUCUAUAUCUCUGAAGAUGAAACUUUCUCAGAAGCUUUGACCGAGAUCCCACCUGACCACAGCGCCGUUCAACCUGCUGGCUUCUUUGAUGAAACGUCACCCCAACCUUACACCCCGCCUACCAUUCUGGUUCUCCAGAAGACAGUCCAAGAUACUACACCAACGAUUUACAUGAGUGCUGAAGAUGAACCACAAAUGCAAGAGACUAAUGGCAAGAUCCAGAUUCCCUUCAAAGACUACAAAACCGACAAAGAUACACGACCAGUGUUGAAAGAGGUCUUUAGGAACCAGUGUGUAGAUGUUGAUGGUACCAUCAGUCUCGUGUGUACUGUCGAAGGACAGUACGAGAGCGUGCGCUGGCUUAAAAAUGGUCAACCAAUCAGUAGUGACAAACGACAUUGUAUUAAGACACCAGAGGGAGGUGUAUGCUCUCUUGUUAUCACUGAACUGACCCUUAGUGACGGUGGCAUCUACACUUGUGAGGUGGUCAAUAAGUUUGGUACUACGUCCUACAACGGAAACAUAACGGUGGUUGCACCUCAACAACCUGUUCAAACACUCCACAGGCAAGUGCAUCCACCUCUUGCCGCAAUUACUCCACUGCAGUUGGCUUCACAGAAACCUGAGGAAAAAACACAGAUUCAAGAUCAGCCAACUUCAGGGACUGAUCCUGAUAACUACGUCGAGAAUAUAGACGUCUCUUUGUGGGAAGCUUACAACCUGACAGAGCAGCAGAUUCCGUUGAGCCUUCACAAAAGGAGAACAUCGUCUCUCAUCGCCACCAGCUCGAUGUCAAGUCCAUCUGAUUAUGACACUGCACCAGAUGUGAUGGAACCUGUGGAAAUUAAGAACUCAAGGGAGCUUCCUAAGGCAACAGACCAAAAGCCUCCAAAGGAUUUGGAUCAACACUUUUUACAAGUCAAAGGCACUAAAGAGGAACAGAUGAGGACCCCAUCUCCUAAACACCAUAUGGCCCACACACCUUUAGCCAGCACUGUCUCUGGAUCAGAAUCUGAAGGGGAAGAGGAUCAACGCGAGACGUUUGAAAUGUAUGUGGCCCGAGCAGACUGCAACCCAAACAGUGGAAGCAAGGAGAGUUUUUUACUGAAAGAGGGUCAGUUUGUCGAGGUCCUAGACUCCGUCCAUCCAGGCAAAUGGCUCGUAAGAACCAAACCCACCAAAACCAAUCCUGCUCGACAAGGAUGGGUGUGUCCAGCCUACCUGGAGAAAAAGAGAAAGGAGGCCUUCACACAAUUGCGGGCACCUCAAGAGGAUCUUGAUGAGAUUGGUUCCACAGGAGAAGAGUAUAGAAGGGCUUUGAGCCAACUGAUCCAAGGUCUGAUUGAUGGUGAAGAAGAGUUUGUCAAAGAGAUGAAGAUGUUUAUUUCUCAUCCAUUAAAUUAUUUGGACUCAAGUCGCCAUGUUCCCAUCAACAUCAUCAACCAGAAAGAUAUCAUUUUCAGAAAUAUAAAGGACAUUGUCCUUCUUCAUGAAAAGUCUAUUCUCCCUGGACUGAGAGAGUGUACAACAGACGAUGAUGUCGCCAUGCAUUUGAUCCAUCACGUUGAAGAUCUUGAAGAGUAUGUUCACUACAUGCUCGGGCAAUCACAAGCAGAGGCCUGCAUUGCUGAUAAAGCUACCCAACAAUAUCUCAAAGAGCUACCGGGCUCUGGUAGACCUGAAGCUCCAGUCAUAGAUACUUUGACCUUCCUCCAAAGACCAGUUGAAAGGAUUCAGACAUAUCAAGCAUUGCUGAAGGAGUUAAUUAAGAACAAGGCCAAAAGCGGUCAGAGCUGUUGUCUGUUGGAGGAUGCCUACUCUCUUGUGUCCUGUCUACCCUGGAGAUCUGACAACUUGCACCAAGUCUCCCUGAUUGAAAACUACCCUGCUCCUUUGACAGCCUUGGGCGAGCCUGUCCGGCAGGGCGCCUUUACAGUGUGGGAUGAAUCUCCAGAAACAAAAAAGACCUCCAGAGGGCAUCAGAGACAAAUCUUCCUAUUCAAGGAAUGUAUUGUCCUGUGCAAACUAAAAAGAGAUGCCAAUAAGAACUGUGAUACGUUCACCUUCAAGAAUAAAAUGAAGUUGAAUGAUGUAGAGCUAAAGGAAACGAUGGGAAGUGAUGAGAAGACUUGGGAGCUUUGGCAUGAGCACAGGGGCUCAGUGCGGAGAUAUACACUGCAGGGCCGCUCACCACUGGUGAAACUUUCCUGGCUCAAAGACCUGAAGGAGUUUCAGCAACGAGCCAUCCUGCCUACUAACAACCCCCCUGUGUUUACAUCACUACUGUCGGACAACAGGGCAAAGAUCGGACAGACCGUCAAACUGAGCUGCAAGGUUGCGGGAUUGCCUAAGCCUGUGAUCACUUGGCUCAAAGAUGGCCUCGUAUUGGAGGAUGAUCCUCGGCAUAUUAUCACAGCAGAUAAGUCAGGCGCGUGCAUUUUGAUCUUGGACAGUUUGACCACUGAAGACUCUGGACAAUAUGUGUGCUAUGCUACCAGUAGCAUGGGCAGCACUGGUACUAUGGCUACCGUUGUCGUGCAGGCGCCACCCAGAUUUGUUAGUCGUCUGGAAAGUACUUGUCUGAUUGAGAGUGAAGACAUUCACUUCACUUGUUCCACUCGUACAACUCCUUUGCCCAGAAUCAGGUGGAUGAAGGAUGGCAAAGAGUUGACUGACAAGCAAAAAUAUUCAGUCAUGAAUGACUCCCGAAGUGGAAUAUUGUCUCUAACGGUCAUCAGUGCAACAGAGGCAGACAUCGGACUGUAUGAGUGUGAGCUAUCGAAUGAGUUUGGUUGUGUUAAAUGCAAGGCCGGACUGUGCCCCUCCUAUGUCGCCCCGAAUGAAUCUGAGAGUGACCAGGCGCAAGACUUACCUCCUAAAGAUGCAGACUCAGAGGGCUGGUCAUCUGCUUUUGUGAAUAAAUGGCUGCAAACAGAUUUUACUCCCUCCUCGGUUGCUCAGUUAACACCCAUUCAUGAACAAGCUGAGUCUAGUCUUGCAGAAGUUCCUCAACUAGCAGAAAUGGAUCAGCCAACACAGCAGCAGCCUUCGUAUUACUUGGAGGAGGAAGAAGAGGAAAUUUAUAUCUCAGAGCAAAUGCAGGAAAUUACAGAUGUUGCUCCCUUCAUCCAAGUACCUCCUGAAGACGUUUGUGUUGAACCAGGACAAUCAGCCACAUUUACCGCCAUCAUUACAGGAAGGCCAAUACCGCAGAUACAGUGGUACAAGGACGGAGAAGAACUUAGAGCCAGUGACAAUGUGGAGAUUGUCCAGCAUGCCGCCCGCUGUUCAGUGACCAUAGUAUGCCCAGAAAGUCAAGACAGCGGUAUUUACACCUGCUUGUCUUACAAUGAAUCUGGCCAUGUGUCGUGUCAAGCUCAGCUCUUAGUGGAGGAAGGUUCACUAGGGUCUCAAGAGAGAGAGGUGGAGUUGGGGAAGAGAAGGAAGCUAUUCACCGUCUAUGAUGUCGGUGAAGAAAUUGGAAGGGGAACAUUUGGGGUAGUGAAGCGUGUGAUCCACAGAGGGACAAGCGAAGUCUUCGCUGCCAAAUUCUUACCACUGCGAAGUAGCACCCGCACCCGGGCCUUCCAGGAGAGGGACUUGCUCUCCCGUCUGGCACAUCCAAGGGUGGCUUGUCUACUGGACUUCUUCUGCACCCGGCGCACGCUGGUGCUCAUUACGGAAAUCUGCUGUUCUCACGGCCUUGUAGACCAUUUGUUACUCAGAGGGUUAGUUUCGGAGAAGGAGGUCCAGUCAUAUAUUCAGCAAAUUCUUGAAGGUGUUGGACAUAUUCACAGCAUGAACAUUUUGCAUCUGGACAUUAAACCAGAGAAUAUCCUGAUGGUAUAUCCACCUAGAGAUGAAGUCAAGAUCUGUGACUUUGGAUUCUGCCAGGAAGUAGACACAUCCAGACAUCAAUACAGCAUGUUUGGUACGCCGGAGUUUGUUGCACCCGAAAUUGUUCAUCAAGAACCUGUCAGUGCGGGCACAGAUAUUUGGUCAGUGGGUGUGAUGGCGUAUUUAUGUCUAUUAUGUCGUUGCCCCUUUGUGGGUGAAACCGACCGUGCUACACUACUGAGAGUGGGAGAAGGGACCUUAAACUGGGAUGCCCCCGAUGUCAUGAGUAGAAGUCCUGAGGCCCAAGCCUUUCUUCGCAGUCUUCUUCAACCAGACCCUGAGAAGCGGCCAUCUGCCUUUGAGUGUUUGAGCCAUGAAUGGCUCCAGGAUGAAAAUGCAGGGGAAGACACGGAUGAAAUCAACACAAAGGGUUUAAAGGUUUUCAUCUCAAAAAGAAAAUGGCAGCGUUCCUUGACUUGUGUUGGUUCCGUGCUCACCUUAAAGCCAAUUCCAGAACUCCUGGAUGCGCCUCUCAGAUACACCGCGGUGACUGUUCCCCGUGAACACCAGGAGAACAGUAGCACCUCUCCGAGCAGUGGUUCAUCAUCCGAGUACGAUGAGGCUGACUCUUGGGACUUCUUCCAGCACUGCAGCCCAACUGAAGAGGAAGAAGAAGAAACAGAAGAUGACUAUGACCCCUUGAGCGAGCGAGCACGGAUCCCGAAACCCUUUACCAAACUUCGUCAAGGUCUAUACGAGGAGGAAGAAGUGACGUUUGGGGAGGAGGAGGAUGAUGACGAGCUGGUUGGUCGGAUGAGCAUGCUAGAACGGAGUGUAAGCAGGCAGUCCGCUGCGUCAUCAGAUGUUUCGUAUCUCCAAACUCCUCAGAAUGAAAGAAGGUUCAACAAGGGCAGUAGUCCGUCUCUCAACCUUUCCGAUGGUGACGAAGGUUCAGGGAGUGAUGCGGGUCGAAUCCCUCGAGGCAGCGUGAUCCGUAGCACUUUCUACAGUUCAUCUCAUCAGCUUUCACCCAUGUCUGCCAGACACAUGACAUUACGAGACAAGUUUCAGGCCAAGAAGCAGGAAAGAGGUCGCAAGCCACUUCGGAGGAGCAUGUCGGGGCGCCUCAAUGAACCUCUCAUAGAAUACGUGGAGGAUGACAUGGAAGUCAACCGAAGCCAGAGACGGGGGUCCAUCCAACCAACCAUGCACAAGUCUACUUCCUUUGACGGCACCAUGACCCGUACCAAUGCUCCACCCCAGAGAAGGAGCAGGUCUCUCGAUGAGUACUCUCGGCGCUCUCCCAGCUCACCCAAGCCCUCAAAGUCAGGUGACGAAGAAGGUACUCAAAGUAUGAAGGAGGAUUUCACAGACGAUGAAGUGAGAGGAAGGAAACUGCUGGUGAUUCCGAAACCUCGAAGACCCAUAAGAAGGAGGGGUUCAACUGUUCCCGCACAGGGCACCGCCGCACAGGGCACCGCCGCAUCGGGCGGUAGAUCUGCUCCAUUAAACCUUCUUGUGGGUAACAGAAUCAGCCACGGGAUGGAUCAGGAGCAAUCAGAGGGUGACGCCUUCACUGGCUCCCAGGGUUCCUUGGCUGAAUCGUUUAUUUUGGAACACGGUGGUUCCGAGUCCUCCAGUAGACUUGGUUCAUAUGAGGAGCUCAGAGGGAGGUACAGAUCAGAAGAGAGCGAAGGGUAUGAUGACCCGAGGGAGCCUAUGAUUUCAUCAUCUUCUCGGUCAUUUCAAGAACUCAAACCCAGAGGCCAGUUUCCCCAAGCUCCACCACGUAACCGUACCCGCUCCAACCCCAACAUAUGUCGCUUGCAGAUGUCAUCAACACCUAGUCCAAGUCCUAGCCUCUCCUCUCUCCAGGCUCCUGAAAGACCUCCCAGGGCAAAAGAUAAGAAAGAAAGCCACGGCCUGCAAAGACAUGCAUCUGCACCAGCUCUCGAACUUCAGCCACCUGCAGGAAAAUCCCCAAAGCUGGGCCUCCUUAAUAUCUUUCGAAGGCAAUCUUGGGCUAGCCAUUCCUACUCGCAACUGGAUAGCGCAGAGUUAGGACCAACACUUGGAGAGAUAAUGAAGCCAGAUACACCUUCCAUGUCGUUCAGAAAGAAAAUGAGAGCUUCAGCAUCAAGUUUGACCAAGCUGUUUUCGAGAUCAUCCAGUAAAGAAGAUCUAAGUAAAAGAGGGCCAAUUGUUAAGGGCUAUAUGGAACCUGAAAGGGAGCAUGGCCUUGAGAGUCCAAAGAAGAGGACCUCCAAGCGUUUGCCAACUUUCAAGAUACCAGCAUUCAAAAAAUCAAAGGAUCUUCUCAUCCGUCCCAACAAGGCUGAUGUGUUUCAUUUGGACGGAGGUGGAGUACUGCUGGUGUGGAAGCCUGUUCAGUCUAGUGACCCGGUUACCUACUGUGUGCAGUACUGUACAGAUGGUGGCGACUGGACAGUCCUCUCAGAAGAUGUGAAUGAUAGCAGCUAUGUGGCAAAGGAUCUCCCCAGAGGAGCUUCUUAUGUUUUCAGGAUCGGCUGCAUCACUAAGACAGGAGCAGGACCUUUCAGCGAUGCUUCCGCCCCGGUUGUUAUGGCAACUCAGCAUGAAGAUGCAAACAUUCCUCUCAUCCAGACUGAGUGCCUUGGUUCAAAGGUUGCUGGCUCAGAAAGUCAACCAACACAAAGGAAUUACAACUUCCUCUCAGAGAUCAACAGGGGUCGUUUCAGCGUGGUCAAUUUAUGUCGCGAUGCUGAAACCAGCCAAGUGUUUGCCGCCAAGAUCACACCUUACCGGGUGGAGCAGAGACAGUUGGUACUGAGGGAAUAUAAACUCUUGAGGAGGCUUCACCAUCCCCACCUGGUAAAACUGCACAGUGCUUACAUCACUUCCUGCUACCUGGUGCUGGUGGAAGAGCUCUGUCCUGGCAAAGAGUUGCUCUACAACCUAGCUGCGAGAGAUGUGUAUUCAGAGGCUAGUGUGGCGGAGCUGCUUGGUCAAAUCCUGAGUGCAGUCGACUACCUUCACGGCCGGCGCGUGGUCCAUUUAGACCUCAAGUCUGACAACAUGCUGGUAGACGACGGAAACCACCUGAAGAUUGUUGACUUUGGCUCAGCUCUGUCUUUCACACCUGGUCAGCCUCUCCACACUGAGCAUCUGCAGGGUCUGUCGGAGAGUAAAGAGCACCGCAGCAAAGUUUAUAUUGUCCUCCCUAAAGCUCCGGAAAUCCUAGAGGGCCAAGGUGUUGGGCCUGAGACUGAUGUUUGGGCCAUCGGAGUUCUCUUGUUUAUUAUGUUGAGUGCUGACAGCCCAUUUCAUGCAGAACUGAGCUGGGAACAAGACAAAAACAUCAAGAAAGGGAAAAUCCAGUUUGGACGAUGUUACCCCGGUUUGUCCGAAGGAGCCCUGAACUUGAUGAAGAGCAGCCUGAAUAACAAAUCCUGGGCAAGACCCACGGCGGCAGAGUGUCUCCAGAACCCUUGGCUGCGUGCCCAUCGUGCUCCCCAUCGAUCACGCCACUCCAAGGUGUGCUUCUCUACUGAUAAGCUCAAAGCAUACCUCAUACAGAAGGAAGAGAAGAGAGACCAAGUACGCACCAAGCUUCAGGGUCCCUUCUUCCAGUAGUGAGCCAACUGAGAAAACAAUGGAAGGGUACAGCAUGGUAUUAACAAAGUUGUGUGUCAAUCAGUUGUUCUUUGAGGAAACUGUGAUGCGUCUUAAAAAGCUGCAUAUCCCUUUAUUUUAGCAUUGUGGUAAGAGUGUUCUAUGUGGUUUGGUUCUGGUUUAAAUGCAAACAUAUCAGGGGUAAUGUUCAGCGAGCAAGUUUGGACAUGAUCAUGUUUCUCUGUGCAUGUCACAUUUGAAUUUAAAUAUAACAUUGUUCAACCCUUUUUGUUUUCAUGUGUAAAUGAGAAUUUAUUUUUAGGUUGGAUAUCUGAGUCGUACAAUUGAUUGUGUCAACCACCGGCUUGGAUGAGUUUUUGGAUGACGGGUGAAAUAAAUGGCAUUAAAUUGACUAGUAA